GUUGUGGUGACAAACGUAUAGAAUCAAAUGAAAUAGGUGUGAAUAUAUAGCUCAUAUAGUAGUGCAUUCAGGUGUAUUAUUAUGUGAAGAUAUUUCGAAUUUAGAUUAAAUUCCAGCUAUAUUGUCAAAGCUCUUCAAUACUCAUUAACCAUCUUCCGAAUUCCAGCUAGUCCAUCUGUAGUUUGGUCUAUCACAAACCAGUGGAUAGUUAAUGGAUCGAUGACGUGUUUUAAUUUGAUGUUGGAGUUUGCGUUUAACUGUAGUAAGCAUGAAACCUCGGAGUGGGUAUUGUUUUGAACUUUUUCAGAUUUAUUAAAAUCUUUUUGAAAUAAUGCUCAUUACCCUAUUGCUAACGUUUACUCAAAAAUAAUACAUGACCGUUUCUUCAUAGCACUGUUUAUUCAUUAUUUUUCUUCACAUCAUUGCUUUUUGUACGCAAGUCUGUCAUCUGUUAUAGUUUUUUUUAAAACUUUUACUGUUUUAGGUAUAAUUAAAACAUGAGUUUAUUAAAAAAUGUUCAUCAUGUUCGAUUCGGUACCAAAAGUUUAUGGCAGACUUGUAAAACACUAAUAAAAGGUUUCGGUUUCACGCUCCACUGUUUGUUCAAAUGCGGUUCAGAAAUAAAUCUAGUGCUAAAAAGUAAUCAAUCGGUAAUAAUGCUUAGCGAAAUCCAAACAUUGUCCAGUGUUCAUCACCCAUUUAAGUACCAUUCAGAAAUCAGUAACUGGUGUACAAAACGUGAUGGACCAUUUGACAUUGCUUUAGAAGUAGUUGACGUGUAUGAAGUUUGUGAAAGGGUUUCCCGAUUUUCUGGGUGUGAUAACAUUAUUUUGGAACCUACUACUUAUACUGAUUAUGAUGGGAAAAUCGUUUUAGGAGUAAUCAAGUCAUGUGUUGGGGAUUUGCUUCAUACGAUUAUUGACUCGUCACAGUAUAAAGGAUUGUUUUUGCCUGGAUACACAUCGGGACAGAGUGCAAAUGAUGACUUGAAGGAAGUACUAAAUAACAAUGGAUCGAAUCCCAAUUCUUUUGUGAAAUAUACUGACCAUAUAGCAAUCGCUGGGGGUAUUGGAGAUUCAGAUACUUUUAUGAAUUGGUAUAAAACAGUAUUUGGAAUGAAACGCAUAUUCAUUAAUAUACAGGAAGAUGAAUCCCAAGGGUUUAUAGUAAAGUUCAAAAAUACUGGAAUGAUGUUGAAGGCAGUUUGUCAUAGAGAUCCAACUUCGAAUUCUGAUUAUCGUAAUGCAUGCAAAUUUGUCUUUGUUGAGCCCACCAAAGAUUCAGAACCUAAUCAAGUGACUCGAUUUCUACAAGCGAAUUCAGGUCCAGGCUUACAACACAUGGGACUCGCCAUUGAUAACAUUAUAGAUGUAGCAGCUAUCUGUCAUCAAAAUGGUAUAAAAUUUAUCACUGCUCCAGACGUCUAUUAUGAGGCUUUAUCCCAGCGUAUCAACUUGAAAGAAUUUUCUUUGGAUUUAGAAAAACUUAAAGCAACUGGCAUACUUGUGGAUAAAGAAUUAAACAAUGAAGGUUAUCAAAUAGGCCUAUACAAUUUACCAUAAUUUUGAAGUUGAUGUGAACAGAGAAACAAGAAGCCUUAACAAACAACGGAAGCUAAUUUUGAAAGUCUACUACAGAUAUUUACUGAACCAUUGUUUCAGAAAGAUGGGUUUUUCAUGGAAUUAAUUGAACGUCGUAAUCAAUCAACUGGUUUCGGUGAAAAUAAUAUCAAUGCUUUAUGGGAAGCAUUGGAAAUAUCACAAACAUU